UACAGAUUUCAAGCAUGUGUUUAUUUUGCAUCUGUUUUUCAAGCUAUGUCAUGUGGCAUCCAUUACUUAGCAUCUGUGUUCAUGGAUGUUACUCCUAACUUUGUAUGUGGGAUCUCUGAAAAUGUGAGUAGUGUUCUUUUCUACAACUCCUCUAAAUCAAGUAUAGAGGACAUCUGGACGCUGUGGACAUCAACAGAAAAUUAUAUUGUAGUCCAGCUGGAAAAUGGAGAAAUUUGGGAACUUAACCAAUGCAGCAGGUCCAAACGAGAAGUCAGUUUGGAUCUGGCAUAUGAAUACAAAGGCAAUAAGUCCAUAUAUUCUUGUUCUGAUGGAUUUCUCUAUGAUGAUACAAAGUGGAAGAGCACUGUUGUUACUCAGUGGGAUCUGGUCUGUGACCGAGAAUGGCUUGCAAAAUUAAUCCAGCCUACAUUCAUGCUUGGAGUCUUGAUUGGAGCAGUGAUUUUUGGUGACAUUGCUGACAGACUGGGAAGACAGCGUGUUAUAUGGUUCACAAGUGCCGGUCAGUUUGUAUUUGGCAUCGCAGUGGCCUUCACAUUUGACUACUACAGUUUUGUGAUUGUGCGCUUUCUCCUUGCUAUGGUUUCAAGUGGCUAUCUUGUUGUGGCUUUUGUUUAUGUGACUGAAUUUGUUGGCAUUAAAGCACGAACUUGGGCUUCUAUGCAUGUCCAUGCUUUUUUUGCUGUGGGAAUUAUGGUUGUGGCACUCGUGGGAUUUUUGGUUCGGACCUGGUGGGUCUAUCAGAUAUUUCUCUCCAUAGCAACUCUUCCCUUUGUCUUGUGCUGCUGGAUGCUCCCAGAAACACCUUUUUGGCUCCUAUCAGAGGAAAAAUAUGAAGAUGCACAAAAAGUAAUUAAUAUAAUGGCAAGAUGGAAUAAAGUGAGCACUCCCUGCAAAGUUUCUGAACUGUACUCAGUACAACAAGAUGAUCUAGUCAGUGUCAGAACGGGUGACAAUGACACAUCCUCAACAAAGAAGCACAACAUCUUAGACCUGUUUUGUAAUUGGCACAUUGCAACAAGGACCAUCACAGUCUGGCUAAUCUGGUUCACUGGGAGCUUGGGGUACUACGUCUUCUCUCUCAGUUCUGUCAGCCUAGGAGGCAAUGAAUAUUUAAAUCUCUUUCUCAUAGGUGCUGUGGAGUUGCCUUGCUAUAUCAUUGCUUGCAUUGGGAUGGACAGACUGGGAAGGAGAAACACACUCAUUCCAUUCCUUAUUUUAAGUGCAUUGAUCUGUGUUUUAAUUAUGUUCAUACCUCAGGAUUUCAAUACAUUAAUUAUUUUAGCAAAUAUGGCUGGAAAAUUUUCAAUAGGUGUGGCAUUUGGCCUUAUAUAUCUCUACACAGCAGAACUGUACCCAACAAUUGUAAGAUCACUUGCUGUUGGAAGUGGAAGCAUGAUGUGCCGUGUAGGAAGUGUGGUUGCUCCUUUCUGUGUAUAUCUGAGAAGCGUUUGGAUUUUCAUGCCACUCUUGCUUGUUGGAAUCAUGGCUCUUCUGAGUGGAAUAUUAACAAUAAUGCUUCCAGAAACACUGGGAAAACCACUGACUAAUACUUUGGUGGAAGCUACAGAAAUGGGAAGAAACAAGAAAAGCUGUUCCGGAAAGACUCAUCCAGCACACAGUGGUGCGGCAGUAGAAAAAGUAGAGAUGUUUGGUCAAGAAACAGUCAGCACUGAGAAAUAAAGCAACAGCAAAAUGGCUGUUCCCAAUUUUAAUCACGGUUAAAUUUAUAAGAUAUCUUUAUAUAAAUGUGACUAUUCUA